AUGAUUUACAACUUUUCCGUCGUUACGGCAGGUAUUGACCUUGACUCAGACACGCUCACAACGCUUGCUGCACAUCCGAACAUUGUCGGAACGAAGCUGUCCUGCGGAAAUGUUGGCAAGCUCACUCACCUCACUUCAUCCUUCCGUAAAUCCGAGUUUGCUGUGUUCCCAGGAACCUCCGACGUAUUCGUUCCUUCGCUUCUUGUCGGAGGUGCAGGAGUUAUCGGCGCCAGCGUUAACAUCCUCCCCAAAGUACACGCUGAAGUUUAUAGGUUAUGGAGGGAAGGAAAGACGGACGAGGCAUUGAAGUUACAAUAUUUACUUGCUCAUGGUGAUUGGGCAGUAAAGCGAAUCGGUGGGAUUGCUGCAUUGAAGGCGAUUAUAGUCAAGGAAUUUGGAUGUGGGUCAGGUAGAGUGAGAGGUCCUCUUGUUCCCGUGUCAGCGGAAAAGGUGGAUGCUCUUCAGCAAACUAGGCUCCCAGAGUUAUUAGCACUGGAGAAGUCGUUGUACUAUGGAGACCACUCAAGCUCUUCGGAUUAUGUGCAUCAAUCACCAGACAUUGCUCCUGAGCGAUCCACGAUCCUGCCGACCUCAAAGAAACGUCGUUCACCCAAUGCAUUCAUCCUGUUUCGGUCGCAUUUCAUCGCAACCGGGCAGGUUCCUCCAGGUAUGGUUCACCAAAACGAUGUAUCUCGCCAUGUUGCGGAAGUAUGGAAAUCGCAGUUGACACCGUCGGAUCGUGCGGUAUUCUUCAAGAAGGCACAGGAGGAGAAGGUCCGGUUUGAUGUUGAGGGACCCAAGGUGCCUGCAAAGAAGAGGAGAAGCAGGGCAAAAAAGACGUGCCAAUCGAGUCUACCAAAAUCAACCGCACUUCCUUACCUUCCACGAAGCCUCACUUCCCCCGUGGACACGGUGUUCGAUGCAACAGACAUGUCUCCUUCAACGUCGAGUGCGAUGCACCUGUCGCCGCAGAGCUGUUCUUCACCGACCAUUUAUACUCCCGUCACACCCAGUGAUGCAUCGGUCCCAUUCCCCGCACCGCAGUCGAUGUAUGCUAUUCCUCCCGAUUUGUUCAACUGGGAUUUCCCGGUGGACAAUAAUACCAUGAGUACGGACAAACUAGGGCUGCCUAUGUUCUUCAACGCUGAGCCAGCGACCGCGUGUCCCGCCACGGGGUAUUACUUCGACGACAGUGUGCCUCUCACUGGCCUGGAUUUCAAUGCGCUGCAGCUUGACUUUACGUUCCCGAUGUCAGGCUUAAAUAUGUCGUUUCUCGAUCCUGAAUCCUCUAACUUCCUUUUUCCCUCGUCCUUCGAGAACCCCUUUUACAACUCCGCUUGUGAUCCCCGUGCCUAA